AUGAAGGCAGCGACCUCGUUCUCCACAGCGGCUCUGGCUCCGGCUCCGACCUCGUUCUACACCCACUUCAUACCAAUACCCCUCCGACCCUUUCACUCCCAGUCUCCCACACUCCGACCCUUUCACGCCCAGAAGCCACCGGAGCCGCUCCUCUGCUUCGAUCUCCUCUCCGAUCUAAACUCCGCCGUCAUCGAAGAGCCCAAGGUCCCUCUGCAUAUGCUAUUAAGACUUAACUCUUCGUUGAUAAUUGGAUUGAAGUUCUAUUUCAUUGUAGUUUUUGCUAUGGAAAAUGGAUUUGAUUUGUGUUAUUAUGGAAAUGGUGAACUGCAGGAGUCGAUGGGCAGGCAUGGGAGUGGAGAAGAGGAAGAAGGAGAACAAUGGAGAAAGAAGACAAGAAAGAAGACGGAGAAAAUUUUGGAAAAAACUAAAGCAGAGCAAGGAGAAGAGACUGAAGGAGCUCAGUCGCAUCAUCCUAGCACCACAAAGAAAGGUGCUGCAAAGAUUGCUACUACAAAGAGAAAGAGGGCAGAGAACGCUCAGAAAGUGAAGAAAUCUAAGGAGAGAAGUUGGAUUUGGGCACAUUUCAUAAAGGUGGAGCACCCGCUUAUGGAGACUGUGGAUGGAAUUGAGCAGGAAGUUGGCCACACCACAAGAGCACAAUGUAAGUAUUGUACUACUCACCUCGCAUGUAAUUCGACUAGUAAUGGAACUAGUUCUCUGAUUAAACACAUAGAGGUAAUAUGCAAGGAAUAUUCGGGUAGAAAAGAAUUAGCAGCGAGUCAAACUCAGCUUGGUGCUGAUGACUUAGAUGAAAAUAUGGUAACUAGGCACUGGACUCAAGAAGCUUGCAUUCAAGCUGCUACGGUUAUGAUAGUGAUGGAUGAAAUGCCCUUUAGUUCCAUAGAAAGACUAGGUUUUAAGUAUUUCUGUAAGGUGGCUAUUCCGAAAUGGAAAAUUCCUUGUAGGAAGGUUAUAGUGAAAUUUUUUUUGAAAAUGUAUCAGUCGAAGAAGGAAGAGCUUAGGAAGGAAUUGAGUUGUCAUUGUGUGUGCUUGACAACCGAUACUUGGACAUCCCUUCAAAACAUCAACUAUAUGGUAUUAACUGCGCAUUUCAUAGAUAAUGGGUGGAAAUUGCACAAGAGAGUUCUAAAUUUUUGUGUAAUAUCAAAUCAUCAAGGAGUUACAAUCGGAAGAAUUUUGGAGUCAUGUUUGAGGGCUUGGUCUAUUGAUAGAGUCUUAACUAUUUCUGUGGAUAAUGCUUCUGCAAAUAAGCAUUGCAUAGAUUACAUUAGGAAUGAAAUGAACGAUUGGGAAAAGAGUGCUAUUUUUGGUGGGAAAUAUCUGCAUGUCCGCUGUUUAGCACAUAUAGUCAAUCUCAUUGUGAGGUCUGCCUUACAUUUACUGGAUAAAUCUGUGUCUAGUAUAAGGAAUGCAGUUCGAUAUGUUAGAUCAAACUCAUCAAGGUUAGAUGCAUUUAGGUCUUGUAUUGAAAAAGAGGUGGGUGAUUGCAAGAGGAUUUGUGUGUUAGAUGUUCCAACAAGGUGGAAUUCCACCUACAUUAUGUUGGAAACAGCUUUAGAGCUUAGAAAGGCAUUUGAUAGGCUAAAAGAUGAUGAGGACAGCAAGUACACGUCUUAUUUUGAUGAAGAUGAAGAGGCUGUUGAGGAAGAUGGUGAAGAGCCGGGUGAUUUCAGUGUUGAUUUAUCUGCAAUUAGGAGCAGCAAGGCAUCUAGGAAGAGGGUUGGACCACCUAAUGCAGCAGAUUGGGAAAAGGCAGUUGUGUUUGUCAAAUUCUUGAAGGUAUUUUACAAUGUAACAUUGAGUGUUAGUGCCACAAAUCACCCUACCUCACCAAAAGCUUUCCAUGAUAUUGUUUCAAUCCAUGUUGAGAUUGAAGAUUUGUUUUGUCAACCUGUGGACAACCAUGAUGUUAUACAAAAGAUCCUAUUUCAAAUGGCGCAGAAGAUGAGGGUCAAGUACGAAAAAUAUUUUGGAAAGCUUGGGGACAUCAACCAACUAUUGCUAGUUGCCUUGGUUUUGGAUCCGAGGUAUAAGAUUCUAUUUUUUGAAAAUGUGUGCAAGAAGAUGUUGAACAUGGAGGAUUUAGUGAUUAAGAAAAAGAGUGCUGAAUUGAAAGAAUUGGUGGUCUCCUUGACUGAUCUGUAUGCAGCUGCGUUGCCCUCACAGAGUUCACAAAGAACUAGAUCAUCUGAGGUGACUCAAACUGCUGGCAGUAGCAGAUACACUUCAACUAGAGUUACCGGGAAGAUGGCAGAUAUGCUUGAGGAAUGGGAUAGAGAGCUUGAAGAUGGUGAUGCAGUGGUGGUGAACAAUGAGGUAGAUAGGUACCUUCUAGACCCUAUAGAGAAGCCUCCCAAAGGCACUGAGUUCAAUAUUUUGACAUGGUGGAAGCUGAAUGGUCCUAAAUAUCCUAACCUCCAAACUGUUGCCAAAGAUGUUCUUGCCAUCCAAGUGUCGACAUUGGCAAGUGAAUCUACUUUUAGCACUGGAAAGAGGAUUAUAGAUCCUCAUAGGAGUUCUUUGACUCCUAGAUCAUUUGAGGCAUUAAUUUGCCUUCAAAACUGGCUGAAAUCAGAUUCCAUUACAGGCUUGGCUUAUGUUCCUACUCCGGAGGAAAUGGAAUGA